GGAACGUGCGGCGCGCGGUGGCUCCGCCCUCUCUGGCCUUGUGUCGGCCGGCGGCUGCGAGUUCCCGCCAGGUCGCCCCGAAGCGAGCACCAUGCUUCCUGCGCCGCCUGGUCUGUGAGUCCAGCCGGAGGAGCGUCCGAAACCCCAUUCCGCUCGCUCACGACGCCGAACCUCGGGCCGCCAUGUCCACAGGGUUCUCCUUCGGCACCGGCACGCUGGGCUCCACCACAGUGGCGGCUGGCGGGACUAGCACGGGCGGCGGUUUUUCCUUCGGGAACGCGGCGUCCAGCACCCCUUCUGUGGGACUCAGUUUUGGAACUCUUGGAAGCACUACAGCUCCAGCAACUACAUCUGCUUCUUCUGGUUUUGGUGCUGGACUCUUUGGAUCUAAACCUUCCACUGGGUUCACUCUAGGAGGAACAAAUACAGGAAUAGCAACAACUAUAGCUACAGGAUUAACUCUAGGAACUCCAGCCACUACAUCUGCAUCUACAACAGGUUUCAGUUUAGGUUUUAAUAAGCCUGCAGCAUCUGCCACACCAUUUGUUCUCCCUAUUACUUCUACCUCAUCUAGUGGUCUGACUCUUUCUUCUGCUCUCACAUCAACCCCAGCAGCAUCCACAGGAUUUACUCUAAAUAAUUUGGGUGGAACAGCAACUACAACAACUGCAUCAACCAGCCUCUCUUUAGGAGGAACCUUAGCUGGAUUGGGGGGUUCCCUCUUCCAGAGUGCAAACACAGCAGCAGCAGGACUUGGACAGAAUGCUUUAGGCUUGACUUUGGGAACUACGGCACCUGCUUCAACUGCGGGCAAUGAAGGUCUAGGUGGCAUAGAUUUUAGUAGUUCAUCAGAUAAAAAGAGUGAUAAAACAGGAACAAGACCAGAGGAUAGUAAAGCACUGAAGGAUGAAAACCUACCUCCUUUCAUCUGCCAGGAUGUUGAAAAUCUCCAGAAAUUUGUGAAGGAACAAAAACAGGUCCAAGAAGAAAUUAGUAGAAUGUCUUCAAAAGCAAUGCUUAAAGUACAAGAAGAUAUUAAAGCUCUGAAACAGCUCCUGUCAUUGGCUGCGAGCGGAUUACAGAGAAACACACUCAAUAUUGACAAAUUGAAAAUAGAAACUGCUCAGGAGUUAAAGAAUGCUGAAAUAGCUUUAAGAACCCAGAAAACACCACCUGGUCUCCAACAUGAAAAUACAGCUCCUGCUGACUACUUUAGAAUCUUGGUUCAGCAGUUUGAAGUACAGCUUCAGCUAUACAGACAGCAGAUUGAAGAGCUAGAAAACCAUCUGGCCACUCAAGCAAAUAACUCACAUAUAACUCCUCAAGAUUUGUCAAUGGCUAUGCAGAAAAUUUAUCAAACAUUUGUAGCUUUAGCUGCUCAACUUCAGUCUAUUCACGAAAAUGUAAAGGUGCUCAAAGAACAGUAUCUUGGCUACAGGAAAAUGUUUUUGGGAGAUGCUGUAGAUGUGUUUGAAGCCAGGCGAACAGAAGCCAAGAAGUGGCAGAACGCACCCAGAGUUACUACUGGACCCACCCCUUUCAGCAACAUGCCAAAUGCAGCAGCCGUUGCCAUGGCUGCAACACUUACACAGCAGCAACAGCCUGCUACAGGGCCACAGCCAUCUCUGGGAGUUAGUUUUGGAGCGCCAUUCGGCUCAGGUUUGGGCACUGGCUUGCAAUCAAGUGGCUUAGGUUCUUCAAACCUCGGAGGAUUUGGAACUAGCUCUGGUUUUGGAUGCAGCACCACAGGGACCUCCACAUUUGGAUUUGGAACAACAAAUAAACCCUCAGGAAGUCUUAGUGCAGGCUUUGGCAGCUCAAGUACAUCUGGGUUUAACUUCAGCAACCCUGGCAUCACAGCAUCAGCUGGUUUGACAUUUGGGGUGUCCAAUCCUGCCUCUGCGGGUUUUGGAACAGGAGGACAACUCCUUCAGUUGAAGAAACCUCCAGCUGGAAACAAAAGAGGAAAAAGAUAAACAUGGGUUGAGGUGUUAAGAAAAUUCAUAGCAUCAUUCAUUCUAUGAAUAUAUUUUUCUAAAGUUGAUGCAGUAGUUAAAUUGUGCCCCAGGAGAUUUAUAAAGUUUUGAUAUUUUCUCCAACUCUGGAAUUAGAACUUUCUUCUUGUUUACCAUGCUAAACAUCUUUUUGUGUGUGGAUUUAAAACCCAGCUGUGCAUUCAUUUUUUCAUUAUUUUGAUUCUCAGUAUAAGAAAUGUUCUAAUUAUAUCACUGGUUGGUGAAAUCUAACUUAGUGUUAAUAACAAUGUUUUGUUGAUAAAGUUUACAUAUGUGGAUAUAUAUGCACAUUGUUUCUUAUAUAGAUGAUGUAAACUGUUGGGCCUAUUCUAUACUCAGUGUGUUCCUUGGUAAAGGCCUUUCAAUAACAUUUCAGGGCAUCUUGUGAAUAUGUAUAUAAAUAUAUAAAAAAUUAUACACACAGUUGUGUGUCCAUAUAGAAUAUAUAUUUACAGACCUACAACUUUUGCCUCAGACUGUUCUCCCUUUUUUAAGCUUCAGAUCCUCAGUGCUUAUAGAAUGAUCAUCUGUAGAGGUACCAGUUCAUUGAUGUUUUGCUAAAGAGUAUGAAAUGGCUACUGGUGUACAUAUUUGACCAACUCAAGCCCGUUGCUCUCAGUCUCUCCAUUUUCAUUUCCACCUUAACCUUUAGUAGCUAGUAUAAAUGAGGAGUGCUGUGAGACUCAUUAAAAAGACAAAAAAUUUACUCUCUAUUCUCAUUGUCUAUAUGAGACCUCCCCCCCCCCCAUCCCCCUUUCAUAUCUGAGAUGGAUCUUCAAGAGCAUGUUUGAACUCCAGAUUGCUGUUUUGGGGGCAAAGAGCUAUUAAGCCAAAUUGAGUCUAUGCAGGUGAAGGAUGCACUAUUCAGCAGAAACUUUUCUAGCUAUUCCAAUACAGAGUUCUUUCUUAUAGGGCUAUUGUUAUCACACCAAAUGGAGUGGCUAACAGCCUCUUAAUGUCUUAAGUAAGUGCUUAAUUUGGAAUAUAGAAAUUAUAUUUUAAGGAAAAAGUAUUCUUUGUAGCAACUAUAAACUUCUGUUUUAACAGUAAUGACACAUAGGUCAGGUUAUAUCUAUAUUAGCUGUCUAUACUAGUGUUAGUGGCAUGAGUGGGUAAAAAAGUGAGCCCUUGGAAAGAGAACUGCCUUACCCAUGGUUUCAGACAAACUAUUAAGUAGACCUAUUUAUCUUUCACAUACAGUUUUCAGGUGGGAUGUGAACAUAGAAAUUCAUUGAAAAUAGUUUAAUUUUUUAUAAUAGAAGGUUUUGUAUAUAAUGUGCAUCUAUUGGAUAUUUUCAGAAUCAUUUUCACCAAGGCACCUUUUUUUCUAAAGUAGACAUCGCAUAUAUAUAUAUAUAUAUAGAUAGAUGAUAGAUACAUACACACACAUAUUUUUAGAUUAAUGUUAGUUGGCUUUGGUUAUAAAAGUAUUAUAAGAACCGUUUUAUUUAUCUGCAUAUAGCAAUGAUUGGCUUCUGAAAUUGAAAUGUUUGCACCUCGAUGCAUUAAAAUAAGAAAACUGCUUUGUUUCUGAACACUAAAGUUUUUAUCUUUGCAUAUUUUUCCAGUACUGCAAUCCCCAGACCCAGAUUUUGGAAAAGGGUAGGAAGGUGUGACUUUGUGUUUCUGAAUUACUGUCAGAAUUAAAUGUAAAGUUACAAAAAUAAAAAUGAGAAAAAAAAAAAAGGAUGCUGCGUUGUGCUGCAAAAAUCCUAACAUUUUUAUUUCUUCUUUAUAUAUUUUACAUUUUAAUAUGCUGAACCACUGGGAAUUUGUAAAUGAUCAGUUGUGACAAAAAUUUAAAUGUGUUGUCAUUGUUUCCAUUGUCCCCACUCUGUCCAGAGCUUAUCAUUAUGUAAACAAUAAAAAUUAUUAUGUCUGUUGGUUUCAA